AUUUUGUGAGAAAUACGGAAAAUGUUGCUCAGCUUGGAAAGUUUUUUGAUAAUACAAAAUAAAAUCAUUAAAAUCUGAGAAAACUCAAAAUUGUCCAGCUGAGUUGCAGGCUGCUGGCUGACGGUCGUCGGCUGUGCUUAUAUAUUGAUUAUAAAUUCUAUAUUAUUGCCUUUGCGUUCUGAGAGGAUUUCAGUUUCAAUACAAAAAGUAAAUGAUCUUUAGUUGUUACUGUGAAAUGAUUUUUUUCAGUGAAGAUUUUCCUGAAUAGGAGAUUAAUUGAACGAGGUAAGCGUUUAAAGUUUCUGCCCUUUGCACUCACUCUCUCACACACUCACUCAUUUUCUCACUCUAUCAUUCUCUCUGUCUCUACUUGGAUGAAACUAUGACGAAUAUAAACAAUUCAACAAUUUUGCUUAAUGAAAGACUGUAAGUCAUAUUCAGUAGCACCACCACUGGCAGAUAUUGCAUUGAGGAACAUUUGGAAUUUGGACAUGGCAUUAGACGUAAAUACUCGAACUGAAACAGUUGAAUUAUUGAGUCGUGAAGCUGACUGCCUUAAACACAAACUCGAAGAAGAAAGAAAAAAACUUAAUGAUGUGACAUUGGCAAAUGUUGCGGAACGAUUAGAGGAAGUCACAUUUCUGAAUAUAAAACCUAGACGUCUUUUAAAAGGAAAUCAAGCUAAAAUGUUAUGUUGUGAUUGGUCUCCAGAUAAACGACAUAUUGUUUCAUCUUCACAGGAUGGUAAAUUACUAAUUUGGGAUGCAUUUACAUCUGCAAAAGAACAAACUGUUACAAUGCCAACAACUUGGGUGAUGGCAUGUGCCUAUUCACCAUCAGGCAACUUGGUUGCAUGCGGUGGUUUGGAUAACAAAGUUACUGUGUUUAAUAUUUCUAAUCCCGAAGAAGAUCCAUCUGCUAAAAAGAAGACUGUUGGUACUCAUACAAAUUUCAUGUCUUGUUGCUUAUUUCCAAAUUCAGAUCAACAAAUUUUGACUGGUAGUGGCGAUGCUACUGCUGCACUUUGGGAUGUUGAAUCAGGUCAAAUGUUACAAUCUUUCCAUGGCCAUACAGGUGACAUAAUGUCCAUUGAUUUGUCACCAUCAGAAAUUGGCAAUACUUUUAUAUCAGGUAGUUGUGAUAAAAUGUUACUUUUGUGGGACAUGAGAACUGGUCAAAGUGUUCAAUCAUUCGAAGGUCAUCUUUCUGAUAUAAAUAGUGUCAAAUAUCAUCCAAGCGGAGAUGCUGUAGCGUCCGGAUCAGACGAUUCUACGUGUCGGAUGUAUGAUCUAAGAGCAGACAAAGAAGUUGCUGUGUAUUCAAAAGAAAGUAUUUUAUUUGGAGUUAAUUCCAUCGAUUUUUCAGUCAGUGGUAGAAUAUUAUUUGGAGGCUAUACUGAUUAUACAAUAAAUGCUUGGGAUAGCUUAAAAUGUGAAAGAGUGAGUUUAUUAUAUGGACAUGAAAAUAGAGUUACAAGUAUAAAACUCUCACCUGAUGGAACAGCAUUAGCUUCUGCGAGUUGGGAUGCUUCUUUACGUGUAUGGGCAUAAAUUAUGAAAAUUCAAAAUUUCGAAUGUAGAUCUAGUCAGUAAUAUGUUCCAUACAAUUAUACAAGUUAAUGUUGACAAGUAAAUAAUAAUAUAAUCAUAGAAUAGUUAAAUAUAUAAAAAUUAAUUUUUAUUCUAUGUUGUGUAUUA